CUUUGUCUUGUAUGCUCAGCAAUCAAUUCAGCAAUGUGAACAGACCAGAUAACAAAACUUCAGUAACAGCAGACAGGAACGCAAUCUGAACAAAAAACCAUCGGCAUUUAUUUCACUGGAUGUUUUUGCGGCAAAAUCAGAGGCUGACCAACUAAUUGGCUCUAUCACCAACCCUCAGAUGCUUCCAUGGCUACGUCUACAGAAAUCUACGAAAGUGGGGGUAGAACAAACUACACAAGCAUGGCAAACAAUCACAGCGACUCCACUUGUGUUUACUUUUCGAAAGGCUUCACAAUAUUUACUGUCAUUGCCUAUACAUUUAUUUGUAUAACUGGAUUCAUUCUCAACAGCCUAGCAUUCUGGGUGUACUUCUGUCACAUGCCCAGCAACAAUGCCAUUAUCGUCUAUUUGAAGAACCUAGUCAUAGCUGAUUUCCUCUUGGUCCUAUCAUUACCAAUAAAAAUCCUCGAAGUCAGUGGCUUGAGCUCCACACCAUACGUGAACAGAAUUUACUGCAAUUUUUUAGCGUGCAUCUUCUAUUUGAACAUCUACUCCAGUAUUUUCUUUCUAGGGUAUAUUGGAGCCAUCAGAUACCUGAAAAUCGUCAGACCCCUCCAAGCAUAUGCAUUUCAAAAUCUGAAGGCUGCCAAGCUUCUCUCUCUGGGAACUUGGGGUGUCUUCCUCUUCCUUGGAAGCCUCUUUGUGCUUUUGAUAAAUAUGGAAAGUCAGCCACGGCCACAAAACUCUCAGGUCUGCAUACAAUUUGGAAAGCAACAGAUUGUGUACACAAUUACCCACAUUAUUGGCCUGAUCAUAUUUGUGUGUGUGUUAGUUGGACUUGGCUUCUUUUACUUCCAGAUUUCAAGACAACUCCGCCGGUCUCCUUGUACACAAUCACUGGGAAAGCAAGCCAAGGCAAAGAACAAUAUUCUAAUCCUCUUUGUCGUGUUCUUGGUUUGCUUCGUGCCUUACCACACCAUAAGAUUUGCUUAUGUUUUAAGCCAGACAAACUCCAUUCUGGAGUGCCACUGGAAAAUGAUUUUGUAUUACGCCAAGGAAUCUUCCCUCUUACUGUCAUCGCUUAACUCAUGCUUUGAUCCAGUGAUCUACUUUCUGUUUUGCAAGGCAUUUAGAUCAAAGUUGGGCCUGGGUAAAAAAGCAAAGGAUUUACCCCUCAAUGAUAUUUCUGUCCCCACUAAUGCAUCACGUAAUGUACUCAAUUAAUCCAUUCAUUUUCACAUCAGCAGUGAGAGGAUCCGAGUUUAAUCCCCUGUUAAAGAAUACAAAUUUUUCCAGAAAGAGCGAAGUGCACUGGGCCCAUAAAGGUCACUUCCUCAAAAGACCACAUGCAAGUUGACCAACCGUAAGUCAUGCCCAACCUUGAAACAUAGAAAUAGAUGUGUGCCAUUUAGUCCUCGAGCCUUUUCUGCCAAUCAAUUAGAUCAUGGCUGAUCUGUGACCUAACUUCACACACCCAACUUUACCCCAUGUCCCUUAAUACCUUGGGUUAACAAAAAUCUACCAAUUUCAGAUUUAAAUGUAACAAUUGAUUGAACAUCAAUUACCAUUACUCAAUC